AUGACCAAUAGAGGUGUGGAUUGUUCUGUUGAAUGUAUUGGCAGCAUCCAAGCUAUGAUCUCAGCAUUUGAAUAUGUCCAUGAUGGUUGGGGUGUUGCUAUUCUUGUUGGUGUGCCAAGAAAAGAUGAUGUUUUCAAAACUCAUCCUAUGAACUUCUUGAAUGAGAGAACUCUCAAGGGUACCUUCUAUGGUAACUACAAACCCCGAAUCGAUCUUCCUAAUGUUGUGGAGAAGUACAUGAAAGGGGAGUUGAAACUUGAGAAAUUUAUCACUUACACCGUUUCGUUUCCAGAGAUUAAUAAGCCUUUUGAUUUGAUGCUGAAAGGAGAGUCCAUCAGGUGCAUCAUUCGGAUGGACGAAUAA